AGGAGCCCCGCCGUGGGCGAGCGCCGGCGGCGGCAUGCUGCGGCCGACCUCCAGGCCCAGGUCCGUGGCGCGCGGGCGCAGGCGCUCGGAGGACGAGGACGACGGGCAGGCGGUUGGCCACGGGAGAAAGAUCUACCGCACGAGGACCUCUGGGACGCCAGACUCGGACAAGUCGGACCUCCCCGAGGUCCCUGGAGUGAUCCGGGCGGCGGUGGACGACCUGUGGCCGAAGCACGACCCCGACGGCGACGGCCGGAUCACGUGGAAGACAGGGGAAGCCAUGGCGUUCCUGAAGGAGUUCUUUGAGGCGUUCGACCACCCGAUGCCCGAAGCUGGGAAGGUGAUGUUCCACCAGAUGUAUUCCAUGGUGUUGUCUGAUGCCAACUGCCCGGCCGAGGUAGGGCUGAACAAGGAGAGCAGACCGGGGAGUUCGCCCACCGGUGCUGGGAGUGGGCCUUCGCGGGCCUCAGCAAGGAG